AUGGGUCUGCAGAGUCCGAGCACCUGGAGACUCCAUGAUGAACGAUUGCUCCAGCUGUUUGCGGUCACCGCAGAACUGUGUGGAAUCGCCCAUGCGAUGAGAAGUGAGGAGCAGCUCUGCAUGGAGACAGAGCAUCUAAACCAGCAAGGUCUCCCUUUAGUUGCUUUGUGUGACAGCAUGCGCGAACUGACCGCCCAGCUCAGAGGGAUCUUGGAAAAGCUGAGCCACGAGGAACAAGCGGAAGCGCAGCAUGCAGCACUCAAUAAAAGCUGUCAUCCACUGGUUGCAUCGCUUGCACAAUUCAUGCAUCAAGAGGCAGAGCGCCUCGCGUUGGAUGGCUCUUUUGCCAAACUCAUGUCGAAGACAAAGCUUACGGAGGCACCCGCUCCAGCGGCUCCGACGCCAGUCGGAGCCAUCAGCCUGUCGGGCGUCUCACCGUCGAACUCCACUUCAGCGCCGAUGCGGUCCCCCGAAGGUGGCAACUGCACGCAAAGCACCGUAUCCAGGGUGAGAACUCGUUCCAGGGCGCGGCCUGCAAGCCCCAAAGAACGCGAAGCCCAGCCUCAGCGCAAGAGGGCAGCAUCCAGGGAGUCCGGCCUGGAGCGAGAAAAGCGCCUGGGCUUGGUCGGCAUCCCGGCAAAAGUGGAGGCCGGCCUGGGCGUCUCUGGUAGGAGACGCUCACCCUGCGAUGAGGUUGCUGAUGCCUGCAAGCCCUCCCAGGGCAAGCGCGCUGCAUCCGAGCGCUCCAGCUCCAAUAAGGCAAAUCAGCCGAACACAGAGAAAAAACAAGACAAGGCGGGCUUGUCCAAAUCAGCAUCUCGAGCAAG